AUGCCUAUAAAUUCUGCAUCAAACGGAAACCAGCAUUCUGUCGAUGAUCAUGGCGAUGAAAAGAGCAGAAGACACCCUCGUUGGACAAGGCAAGAAACUCUUUCCCUUAUACAAGCUAAGGAGAUCACAGAGAGCAGCCCAAACAAGGGAAGAAAGAUCAGCUCUACAUUGCUGGGAGGAUCAUUGUCGUCGUCGUCGUUGUCGUUGGAAAACACGGAGCCGAAGUGGGUUAUGAUAUCCACGUACUGUAACCAACUAGGAGUGAGUAGGGGUCCUGCGCAAUGCAGGAAAAGAUGGAGUAAUCUUAUUGGAGAUUUCAAGAAAGUCAGAGCAUGGGAGUCUAAGUUGGAAGAUAAAACUGAUUCCUUUUGGAAUAUGAGGAAUGAUCUUAGGAAAGAGAAUAAGUUACCGGUUUCUUUCGAUGUCGAAGUGUUUAAGGUUUUGGAAGGAAGGGAAACGGGUGUUGUUUCGCCUUUACCUCUGCAGGCGGUUCCAGCUGCUGUUUCUGAAAAUGUUAAUGAUCAGUCUGAUGAUGAUGAGAAAGAGGAUGAAGUAGAAGAAAAUGGAGUAAAAAGGGAGGUUUUGGAAGUUGAGGAUGAAAUUUUGACGGAUAUUAACGAUGGAGAACAGGAUAAACCAGGCUUCAGGUUGGAUGAUAAUAACAAGACUGAUGACAAUGUUACUGAGAGUCCUGUCCAGAAUUUCUGCACUCCAGAAUCUGUUUCAGAAGAGCAGCAUCAUCAAGCAUUCCAGGAACAAAACAGAAACUCGAAUCAAGCUCACACUGACACUAUAGCAGAUGCUUUAAGAGAAUCAAGGCCAGGCAUAUCUAACUUGGAUUCACAAGAAAAAGGGAAAAGACGGCGACUGUCCACUGGAGAUCAUAAGUCAAAUUGCCUGGAAGAACAGAUUAUAAGGGCCUUAGAGAUAAACAACAAAUUGCUGAAUUCACAACUUGACAAUCAUGACAAAAACUGCCAACUCGAUAGAGAACAGAGGAAGGAGAACAGCGAUGUAUUGAUGACUGCUCUUGGCAAGCUUACCGAUGUCCUAAGUAAAAUCGCAGAUAAGCUAUGACUUGAUUCUUUGAGAAUUUUACCAUAUGUGAAAAAGAUGACCAUACUGCCUUCAACAUAUCCAGAUCCAGAAGACUUUUAGCAUACAUGACCAAUUUGUGAUUCACAUCACAAGUUCACAAAAAUAAUUUAUUUUCCUUCUUUUUUGGUUAUUUGCUUCUCCUAAGUCACUGUCUAUUCGGUAUAUUGUUACUCUGGCUCAGGACUCGUGUCAACAUGGUUGUGUAUCCAAGUGUUAGACUCGGUUCAAAUGAGUCAAGCAGUGGUGAUCUUUUGGCUGUUGUUGUUCCAAGGUAUUCGGUGAAUGGGAAGGCUCAAAUGGGGGAGGUAAAUAUCUCAGAACUUUUCUGGCACAUAGGCUUGGGUACUUUCAUGUGGAACUUGAGAUGCGGUGAAUGUUGUCAAGGCUUUACAAGCAAGGAACUUCGGUAGAAUUCUGAUGUACCUGAUGCUUGAGGAUAUUGAUCAUGUUAGUUCAACUUUUCAGUAUCUUUCAUUAAACCAUGUUAGGCAAGCUCGGAGUACCAUGUCUCAUUUGGCAGCCAGGUUAGCCCCCUUCAAUGGAGGACAGGAGGAGCAUGUACUUAUUAUAAACCCUUUCCCCAAAGGCAUCGUUGCUUUGGUUGAACUUGAUCAUCCUGCCUAAUGAAGCUCCCUGUUCCCAGUUUUACCCUUAAAAAUAAAGUGUCAAAAUUGGCACUUACAUGACAUUAUUUCAAAUAUUUGGUCCAAAAUAAAUUGUCAAGUGUCUACACUAUAUAUCAUGUGAAUUGUCAGUAUAUCAACAGAUUCCACACAACGUACAUGAGGUGAAAUAAAGAGUCUGAGCAAUAUCAAUCACACGUACUGUCAAGAACAUAAUGGAGAUAGGAAGCAGUAAAAACACAACUGCCGUUGUAAGAAAAUUGAGCUAAUUUUUUCAUUAUCAUGGUUCAACAAAAGCCUCCCAUACAAAACUGGAACUUUUGUCCUUGUUGCCUAAUUAAAAGACAGUGUUGUCUACAGUUGAUUAAUACACAAUUUUAACACACUUGCAAUCACAAGACUUUACACAGGACUAAACCAAAAAAUGCUCUACAGAUGGAGAACAAGAACGAACUCAAACAUAAAUCUAACCUCUUGAGGUGUUUUACACAGGUACUGCCUCUAUAAGUUUGGCAAAGUAAAACUGCGUUGUGAUUAGUCCUCUCUUUUGUAUUUUCCAUCCAACCUUCUGCAAUGCUGCUUCUACAUCAGCUUCUGCGUGUAAAUAUGCCCUUGUGGCCUUUGAAGGUCCUGGAAACAACUCUCCUAUUCUCUUUAGCAGGCUGUAAUAAAAUGUCUUGGGUGCAAAACUCAAUAUCAGCCGAUUUUCGGCCAAUGAGGCAAGGUGGCUAAUCAUUGCAUCCGCUUUAUUUUGUGGGUAAUGUAUGAGAACAUCAAGACAGACAACUGUAUCAUACUUCCCGUUCAAGCUCUCCAAAU